AUGACACGCUCAUCCGCCCUAUCGAUGACCAUCGAUACAAGUCAGUCUCAGAUCCGCCCCCGUUCGUCACGUUCGUUGUCGUCGCCCCUUUUUCCGGUUACGGUGCAUCCGUUGAAACAGAGUUCUUCGCCUGAAGUACAGAAUGUCGAGUGGGAUAUGGGGAGCGCGGGGACCAGGACGGAGGGGUAUUCGGUCUGGAGUAGAAGGAGGAGGAGGGGGAGGUUGGAUAGUGUUGAGUGGAGGAGGGAUCCGAGGGAUGAGUUUGCGGGUGGGAGGAGUGUUAGUGCGGAUGAGCUCAAACGACACUCCAUGGCCAGAGCAGGGGCGAAUGAAACGGGAACGGGAACGGCAGAGGCGGCGUGGUCAACCUCCACGAGUUCGGUCUCGACUGCCUCGACACCCUCCUCCCACUACGCAACCUACACGUGGCAAAAGUACUCCGACACACCUCAACCCUCACCGCCAGAACGAACGAUAAAGGUUUAUAUGCAUCCUCUACGUCAUACUGAUACUUUACCAUUUAUAUCACUUGCGUACGGUAUCCUCCCCGCUUCCAUUCGCCGCGCGAAUAGGUUGUGGGCGACGGAUAGUCUUCAUGCACGCGGGGCCCGAUAUCUCACACUUCCUAUUGACGAGUGCAGUAUCGGCGCACAACCUGCUCGACUCGUCGAUACCGAUGACCCAAACUUAGAAGGAGAGCGAAAAUUGGUGUGGAUCAGGAAUGUGGGGGAGGUGGAAAUCAAGGAUAUUGACGCAGGCGGCCUUCGGUAUUUCCCCUCCGCGAGACGGAAAGUGGAGGUGGUGCGGGAAGCAGAGGGGGAUGAAGAAGAGUCGAGACAGAGUACGGAGAGUAUCGUGGUUGCGGGGGCGCAGAGGGUGGAGAAUGCUGUGGGGUGGAUGGUGGGGAAGAUUAGGAAGUUGAAUCGGGGGGCGGUUGUGGGGGAUCUGAUUGAGUUGUAA